UCCCUAAAUUACUAUCUUCUUUCUAUCCCUCACCAAGCAACUCUCUCUCUCUCUCUCUCCCUCCCUCCCUCUUUCAGUUUCAGAUUAAGUUUUCCGGCGAGAAAACAUCUUCAGAUCGAAUCUAAAACUUUCCAGUCUUCUUCUCCUACAACCAUGGCUAUGCAGGAACGUUGUGAGAGUCUAUGUGACGGAGGUUCCGAUGAGCUUAUAUCUUCCACAGAUGCCUUUUACCUCAAGACAAGGAAGCCUUAUACCAUCACUAAACAAAGAGAGAAAUGGACUGAAUCAGAGCAUCAGAAGUUUGUUGAAUCUUUGAAACUCUAUGGCAGAGCUUGGAGACGAAUCGAAGAACAUGUUGGUACAAAGACUGCUGUUCAGAUUCGAAGCCAUGCUCAGAAGUUUUUCUCUAAGGUUGCUCGUGAUUUUGGUGUUAGCUCUGAGACCAUUGAGAUCCCACCUCCAAGGCCGAAGAGAAAGCCGAUGCAUCCUUACCCUAGAAAGCUGGUGAUUCCAGAUGCUAAAGAGAUGGCUUAUGGUGAGCUAACCGGAGCCAACAAGCUGGUUCAGGAUGAAGAUGACCGAUCUCCAACAUCGGUUUUAUCAGCUCAUGGCUCAGAUGGCUUAGGUUCCAUCGGUUCAAACUCUCCUAACUCGUCUUCAGCUGAUUACCAACACUCACCGGGGCAUGAGUUAUCGUCUCACACAGAGGAAUCACUGUCUCCAGAAUCAGAGACCAAACAAAGCCUUAAGCUCUUUGGAAAAACUUUUGUAGUUGGUGAUUACAACUCUUCAACUAGCUCUGAUGAUUCUGAAGAUGUCAAGAAGAAGCUAGACUCAGAGACACAUGAGUCUGUUCUAUGUUCUUCUUCCACUUCUUCUUCGGAAAACAUGGAAACAGAAAUGACACUUCGGGUAUCACCGGAGUUUAAAAGAAGCGAGAGAUCGGCUUUCUCUCAGAUGAAAUCGUCGGGUACCGAGAUGAGAGGGUUCAUGCCUUACAAAAAGAGAGUAAAGGUGGAAGAAAACAUUGACAAUGGGAAAAUGUCAUAUCCUCUGUGGUGAAAAAUGUAAAUCCUUACUCAAAGUUAGUUGUGUAACUCUUUUGAUCUCAAUUUCAGUUUCUGUGUAUAAAUGUCAGAGAAUUAGGGAAAGUUAUUUUUUUCUUGGGUUUAGAUUCGUAAGAUCACUCCAAAGUUCCAUGCCUUCCCAUGUAAUUAACCAGUCAGAAAUUGAGAUCCUUGUACUUACAUUUUUAUUUGAUCAAUCAAAUCUUCUUGAUACUCUAAA